AUGUCCGAGCCGGAGCACCUGGGCGGCAAGCGGGCCGAGUCGGCGCGGCUGCGGCGGGCCGAGCAGCUGCGGCGCUGGAAGGGCUCCCUCACCGAGCAGGAGCCGGUGGCGGCGGGGGGCGGCCGCGGCCGGCACCGCGGCGCGGGGGGAUCCCGCGUCCGCUUCGAGGAGGGCGCCGUGUUCCUGGCCGCCUGCUCCAGCGGGGACACCGAGGAGGUGAAGCGGCUGCUGGGCCGCGGCGCCCGCAUCAACACGACCAACGUGGACGGGCUGACAGCCCUGCACCAGGCCUGUAUUGAUGAAAACCUGGACAUGGUGAAGUUUCUGGUAGAAAAUGGAGCCAAUGUGAACCAGCAAGACAACGAGGGCUGGACCCCUCUCCAUGCAGUGGCAUCCUGUGGCUAUCUGAACAUAGCAGAGUACUUGAUUAGCCAUGGAGCCAACGUGGCUGCUGUGAACAGCGAAGGGGAGGUCCCGUCUGACAUCGCAGAGGAAGCAGCCAUGAAGGACCUGCUUCUGGAACAAGUAAAGAAGCAAGGUGUAGACCUAGACCUGUCAAGGAAAGAAGAGGAGCAGCAAAUGCUCCAGGAUGCCCGGCAGUGGCUGAACAGUGGGAGAAUCGAGGAUGUAAAGCAGCCUCGGACAGGAGCCACAGCCCUUCAUGUUGCUGCAGCCAAGGGCUAUUCUGAAGUCAUGAGGCUUCUGAUCCAGGCUGGGUUUAAUCUGAAUGUCCAGGACAACGAUGGCUGGACUCCCCUCCAUGCUGCCGCGCACUGGGGAGUGAAGGAAGCGUGUUCCAUCCUGGCCGAGGCUCUGUGUGACAUGGACAUCAGGAACAAGCUGGGCCAGACGCCCUUCGACGUGGCUGAUGAGGGACUCGUGGAGCAUUUAGAAAUGCUGCAGAAGAAACAGACUGUGUUGCGAAGUGAGAAGGAGACGAGGAAUAAGCUGAUUGAAGCUGACAUGAACGGGAAGCCUCAAAGCAGACUCUUCACCAACAAAGAGAAGAUUCUUUAUGAGGAAGACACACUGAAGUCCAUGGAAAUGGAGGAAGAGAACAAAGACUCAAGUAGUUCUAGUUCUGAAGAGGAGGAAGAAGCUGAAGAUGAAGUUUCAGAAUCGGAUGCUGAAAAGGAGUCAGAGAGGAAGGAAGAGCCCUUUGCCAACCACUCCAGCCGUGAAUCCAGGCCCAGCAUCACUGAGCAAAUGCCACCACCCGAGCCCAACUCCUUCACUGCGUCUGCCAGAAGAUUCAGUUGGCUCAGCAAGUCGGAGGAGCAGAAGGAUGAGUCACCGUCGUCGUGGCGGCUGGGGCUGAGGAAGACGGGCAGCCACAACAUGUUGAGCGAAGUCGCUGCCACUCGUGAGGCACAGAGAGAUAAGGCUGCUUCUAUCUAUCGUUCCUCGUCCAGCCCUCGGAUAUCUGCACUAUUGGACAACAAGGAAAAGGAUAAAGACAACAAGAGCUAUCUUGCCACCAUAGCUCCCAGAAGACUGAGCAGUACGAGCGAUGUAGAAGAAAAAGAAAACAGGGAAUCAGCUGUGAACCUGGUGAGGAGCGGCUCCUACAGCCGGCAGCCCUGGAGGGACGAGUCAAAGGGAAACGAAGCUCCCCAUUCUGGUGCACCCACCACCUAUGUAUCCACCUACUUGAAAAGUGCUUCAUUUGGUAGAAGUAGUGACCUGGGCAGUCCCUACAUUUCAGCCAGUCGCAGUCCAUCUCUAGCUACCUCACCCACUGCCAUUGGCUCAUCUACCUCCCCGGGCUCCCCGUGGCAACCUGUCUCUUCCUGUCCCACAUCUCUCGGUGUGAACACUCCUGCAUCAGCCCGCCACUACACCAGAGCCCCUUUCAGGCAACAAACUGAUUCUGCUGUAGAGAAAAGCCCAGAGGGCAGCUGUGUUACCCCUCUAGGUGUAAUCACAAACCGGGCUGUGCUCGGCGCUGCCAACGGCACCGCGAACGCCGGGGCUGCCUCCGCCCCGGGGAAGGACCUCUCGGCUGAGGAGGCCAGAGAGCGCAGAAGGUCAUAUCUGACUCCGGUGCGGGAUGAGGAAGCGGAAUCACUGAGGAAGGCACGGUCCAGGCAGGCCCGGCAGACUCGCAGGUCUACCCAGGGUGUGACCCUGACAGACCUUCAGGAGGCCGAGCGGACCUUCAGCCGGUCGCGGGCCGAGCGCCAGGCCCAGGAGCAGCAGAGCGAGAAAGCCGAGAGCACGGAGCCUGAGGAGGGCAGCGAGCGGCAGGAGAGCCGGGCACGGUGGAGCAGGAGUACGGAUGAGGAGUCAGUCUAUCGGCGACUGAGGUGCCCAGCACAGCCCGACAAACCCACGACACCUGUGUCUCCUUCAACAGCAGCACCUCUGCUCUACACAAGUUCAUACCUGACUCGAACAAAUAAAUAUCUAGGUCUGGACUCUGUGAAUCCAGCAGACUUCAGAGGGGCAGCCACAGAGAUGGAGAAAAAUGAGUGUGAAGAUCAGGAUUCAGACGACAGAUCCCUGAACAAACAGUCGAUCCGGGAGCGGCGGCGGCCGAAAGAGAGACGGAGAGGCACCGGCAUCAUUUUCUCGACAAAAGAUGACGAUGAUGAAGUUGAUGGAAACGAGGAUGUGAAGGAGACUCGGCAUGAAAGACUUUCCAGGUUGGAAGCAGCUACAAACCCCAGCACCAGUGACUCGUCCUACAGCGACCGUGCCUCCAGCCGCUCCAGUGCCUACAGCCGGAGGGAGAACCGGCUCGCUGCCCUCAGCAGCCGCGCGGAGGAGGAGAGUAACAGGGACUAUAAAAAAUUGUACGAGAGCGCUCUGUCUGAAAAUCAAAAGCUGAAGUCAAAGCUGCAAGAAGCCCAGCUUGAGCUGGCUGACAUCAAAGCAAAGUUGGAAAAAGCAGCCCAGCAGAAACAGGAGAAAACUUCUGACCGGUCCAGCAUGCUGGAGAUGGAGAAGAGGGAGAAGCGAGCCCUGGAGCGGAAACUCUCUGAAAUGGAGGAGGAGAUGAAGAUUUUGACAGAGCUGAAGUCGGACAACCAAAGGCUGAAGGAUGAGAAUGGAGCCCUCAUUCGUGUCAUCAGCAAACUCUCCAAAUAGGAAUCCUGAGCAAAGGCAGGAUGAGGAGGGGCCCUACACCAGCUGCCAACCCCACCACGAGCCCUCCCCCCCCUUUCCCAUCUGUCACGUACAGCAAGUGUUUCAGCCAUGGGAUCAAUGUCACACCUGCCUUGCCCUGCCCUUUGCUGUACAUUCCCUUUCUACCCCUAUUUUCCUCCAACACACCCCCUGCCAUUUUAUUAUUUUUAAUUUAAGCAUGUUGUGGUAUCUCGGACAUUUUAUUCAAGGGAGAAACGUGAGGACUGGGUUUGAGCUGCCAAAACUUCUUCCAGAAGCCCAGUAUUUGGUGUCGGACUCUGACCUGGAGCGGGAAGCUCCUACUGUAAAAAAUGACACCUCAAAAACUAAUCCAGCACAUCCAAGCCGUGUACAGGUGGGAGAUGUGAACCCAGGCUGGGACUCUGAGGAUGCACAUCAACCCACUGAGAUGUGGGACUGGCUAAAUGUGAUGCUGUGAAAGCCACCUGGGCUCAUGUCUGUCACAGGCUGCUUUGCACAGAGACUUUCUCCUCCUCUUGCCCCAGUAGACCCAGUCCUUUAUUUAAGAUUUUGAACCUGUUCGGUAACAUCAGCACUGACACUUGGCAUCAGACCCUUAUCCCUCACCCUCCCUUUCACCCAGCCUGGGUGAUUCCAUGUGUUCUUCCAGGGCUCCUGUCUGUAAUUAGUAGCACCCAGUUGCACCUGGACUCUUGCUCCUUGGGACAGGAGGUGUCUUCUGAGCUUUCUGAAGGACGAGCUUGAACCCUUAGAGACCCUGUGCUGCUUUUACACAUGUGUGAGCAUGAAUCACCUCGCAGGGAGCUGUGCCCACACCAGAAACCAGCCUCCCUGUCCUAACAGCCAUCUGGGACGUUCUGCUGUCUCCAUGAAGGCAGAGCCCCGUAGUGGAGUCUGGUCUGGUAUUUUGGGUACCUCACUUGGAUUUGCAGCAGAAUUUAUAGAGAGGGGAAAUGCCAGAGUCCUGUUCCCUCCCACCCUUCUGUUGGUGAAGCAACUUGGCACAGCUGGAUUCCGAGGCAGAGGACCAUGGAGCAGUGAUCACUUGUCCUCCCACACACCUUGGAAAGGUGAGGGUGCGUCGGUGUCAGACAGACAAGGAGCUGCUGGUGACUGAAUCACUGUGAUGAAAGUCUCCUAACCUGUCAAAAGCUUGUGAUAAGCCUUGACCUUGAAGGAAACCUCUAAAAAUACCCCUCUUUAAUCUUAUAUGCACUCAGAACAGCUUGGAAUUGUUCUCCCCAUGGGCAUUGGCUCCUCUCUCCAUGCUGUGGGACCUGUCAUCAGGUCUGUUCAGCUUCCCCUUAACUGACUCCUCUCGAACAAUACCUUCCCUCUCAGAGACAUCUUGCUGUAUCCAAACCACUCUCCCAUCUACAUCCUUCCAUAUUUGUCCUUUCAUUCCCUUUGUCCUUGGACUCCCAGCUCCGUCUGGCCAAGGGCUGCAGCCUCAGUCACUGAACCUGGAGGUGGCGAUGAAGCAGCUCUGCCCACAUUCCCAGGCAGCUCUGCUCUGGGAGGGAGAGAUGAGAUACUUGAGCAGAAUACUUGAGCUUGCUCAACAGGGUAAAAUUUAUCAGUAAAUCCUGGGCUUUUUGGAACCUUUUGCUGGUUAUUGCCUCAGAAAGCAUCUUUAUUUUUCUCUCCCUUGGGUUUUUUUCUCUUUGGGUUCCCCCUCCCUCCCAGUUCUCCAUCUUUCCCCCUUCCCCUCCCUGUCCUGCCUGUUUCCACCUCUCUUGCUCUUCCUAGAGCUGCCAUCUUUCCCCAGGCAGCUCUGGCCAGAGGUUCCUCUUCAGCCGGUGGAGCCGUUUGCAUGGCGUUAGGUGCCGUUUCUCCUGGUACACUGAGGCCCUUCCUCUGCUGCUGAGCUUUGGGAGGAAGAGACCAAAGCUGGUAAAGGCAUCAGGGUUUCUGCAGAGCACUGCCUAAACCAGGCGUCCUUUUUAUAUUCCUUGAUUUUAACCCUGCUCUAUUUAACAGCUUUAAGUCUUGAGAUCCGGUCAAUGCUUCCCCUGCACGCCAUUCCCUCUUGGUGCACUCUUUAUGUGAGUACUUCUACCGUUCUUGAUGUUUUCUCUCUUGGUGACCUGCUCCUCACUCCAGCCUCAGGCUCUUGGCUCUGCUCAGGAGAUCAGGAGCCUGGUCCCUUCUGUGCCGUGCGGAGGAGAAGAUGCUCACCAGCUGAUGGUGAGGAUGAGAGUUCACACUAAAGAUCCUGUUCUUCUCACAGGGCGGGUUCCUGGCAGCAGGAAGAAGCCUGGUGUCUGUUUUAGGGAGAGGGUUCAACCCAAUCUGACAAACCUAUCCCACACUGAUGUUUUGCCCCUUCCUAGCAGGACACUCACUGUGUUUUUUUCCUAAGGAACAGUAUGGGAAGGCUGUGGGAGGCUUGUUCCUCUAACUGGCACCUUGCAAAGCCGAACUGCUUUAGCUGAAGUGUCUGCUUAGCACUGGAUUCCCCCCUGAACCCCAGCCAGGGGGGAGGGCCCCCACAGCUCAGUGUCCCUGAUCAGCCAAAGCUGUGAGCGUUUCCCAAUGACGGUGCAAUUGCAAACCAAAUUCUUGAGAAUUAACUUUUUUUGUCUCACUUCAUGCCUGACAUAACCAGUGCACUGAGGAGGUGACAAACAGGACACCUUGAACCCUGUGCAUGGGACAGGGUGCAGAGCGAGCAGGUUUUAAAACUGAUCCCUCUUGGAACCAGAGCAUUUGCGAGAAGUGUUUCCCUUAGGGAACACGAGGUUUUUUUUUUUUUCUAAGCAAUUGCUUGGGGUGAAUUCAUUUUUAUUGCUUGGGGUGAACCCGCCUGUUGUGGCUGCAAGUUUUAUGAUGGCUCUUUGUAAAUAAACUCCUUGGAGAAGCAGGACUGGCUGACGAGAUGGGGAGAGAAUGUAUUUUUAUGCAACUUUUGAGUGGCCUUUCAAACCCUGAGAUGAAUGAUUUGUUUUACUGGUUGUUGUUAUAUAGUAUUAUAAGUGUGUUUGAAAGUUUGGGAAUAAUAUUCACAGCUAUGAUGCUUGUAAACACAACAGUAUUUAUAAAUGAAUAAAAUAAGAGUUGAUAAAAUAGAA